AAGAAUCUCUUUUUCUAGAAUUCAGCAAUUUUUACUCAAAGUUUUACAAAAUUAGUGCGGUUUUAACAUUAAAAAAUGACUACCAUUGCAGAUUUAUUCACCAAAUACAAUUGUACAAAUUGCCAAGAUGACAUCCAGGGAAUACGUGUGCAUUGUGCAGAAUGCGAAAACUUUGAUUUAUGUCUACAGUGUUUUGCAGCUGGCGCGGAGAUAGGCUCUCACUUAAACAGCCAUGCCUAUCAAUUCAUGGAUACUGGAACCGCGAUUUUAUCCAUUUUUCGAGGCAAAGGUGCAUGGACGGCUAGGGAAGAAAUUCGUUUACUCGACGCCAUUGAACAGUAUGGUUUUGGAAACUGGGAAGACAUUAGCAGACACAUUGAAACGAAAUCAGCAGAAGAUGCCAAAGAAGAAUAUGUCAACAAAUUUGUUAAUGGUACGAUAGGUCGUCAUACAUGGACACCGGCUCAAGCGCAACGUCCUACAUUGAUCGACCAUACAAGCGACGACAAUGGACCUUUGGGUGCAUUAGCUCUACAACGUUUACCUCCAUUGGACAUAACAAUGGAGGAAGCAGCGCAAUUAGGAUAUAUGCCCAAUCGUGAUAGUUUUGAGCGCGAAUACGAUUUUACUGCCGAACAGUUGAUUUCAAAAAUGUCCCUAAAUGCUGACGACACAGAAGCUGACUAUUUACUUAAAUUGUCGCACGUCGAUCUGUAUACAAGACGUCUUAGAGAACGAGUUCGUCGCAAGCGAUUGGUCCGUGAUUAUCAGCUAGUUGCAAAUUUCUUUCGCAAUCGUAACUACGCUCAGCAUCCGGGACUUUCAAAGGAACAAAAGGAGUUUCGAGACCGCUUCCGUGUUUAUGCUCAAUUUUAUACAUCUGAUGAAUAUGAGCGGUUGCUAAAUUCUUUAGAGCGUGAAAAAGAACUGCGGAUACGAUUGUCCGAGCUUUACCGUUAUCGUUACAAUGGUUUGACUAAAAUUGAUGAAUGUCGCCACUUUGAACAGCAUGCAGCAAUGGCAACCCGGUCAACCGGACCAUAUGGACACGGGAAAUCUGACAAUCCCAACACUGGAAAUCAACGGCAGCCAGGCUAUUCCUCACACUCCCCACAACACAGCAAUCGAAAACUCGAUCUGUCAAACGCAAACGAAAAUCCAAAUUCCAUCGCACCAAACAGCAUGCCCCACACAGGAGACCAGAUCUCUUACGCCGUAUCAUCGCACAACAAAAACUACUUGGAUAGCUAUCGGGUAUCACCGGCACAUAUGACGACAUCGAUGGUGUCGGGUGCAGGAAUGAAUUCAAUGUCAACACCAACACCGUUGACGAAAUCUCAGCUGAAUACGAAUCAACCUCACCUGCAGCAGUUGCUCACAGUGUCAGUGAAAAAUCCACCACAUCUACAAGUAAACGACGUCGCUAUUAUACAAAGUCAGAACACCGAAAAAACACAACAUCAACAGUUGGAGAUACAAAACAGUGCGAUGACACAAAUGCCCUCAAACGGCCUAAAAGGACCUCAGUUAACUCAAUCACCAGCUACGCCGAUGAGUAGUAUUUUAAGAGCUCAAUUGGACGAACUUAAGCAGCUACCACAGCCAUUGGGAACUCAGCUACUGUCAACCAACGAACAACAAAUAUGUAAUACAUUUAAUUUGCCACCUACAUCUUAUCUUUCCCUCAAAACACUUAUUUUAAGUGGUGCUCCAGUCACUUCUUCCAACCUAUCGCCAGUUGAAAGCUCAAUUAGAAAAUAUUUUAUAAAAGUUGGUUGGUUAAGCCAUUAAAUGUUCGCUCAUAUUCCCAAUUUGUUGAAGGUGCCUAAGGCUCAAACAUACAGCUCUAUGGUGUAAUUCAAUUCGACGCAGUGUGAGCCUGUAUAAGAUUAUAAUUCCCUAGAAAUAUGUAAAAUUGUUAAGUUAAACAUUUUUUCUUUUCAAAACACAUUAUAUUUGUAUCAUAAAUUUCUUUAAUAUGAAAUGUUGUAUAUCUUGAUACUCAACUAUUUAUUAUAUUAGAUUAAUGCAUCAUAAAGCAAACAUUAAGUUAAUUAAUAUAUAAAUUAAUUACCCUUAUUACUCUUGACAGUUUCGUUGUGCGGCACAUAUAAAAACUUCGAUCACGGCAAAUUUGUAAUAAAAUUUAACAAAUUGAAUGAAGCUUUUAAAAGAUCAUACUUAAUUCAUAUGAUCAGUCGUAAAGAAAACCUCCUACGACAUUUUUUCGUAUUGGUAAUACGGCAACAUGACGAUUUGUCAAUUGUAACAAGGAUGAACAAUGCACGAAAACGCGCCUGCAUGUUGCUAUCUAAAGAAAUAGAUACAAACAUACAUUAAAAACGACAUAUUUUAUAAAAAUUCACUUGUAUCAAGUAUGAAUUGGAAAUUAGUCAUUUAGUUUGACGAUUUUUUUUUAUUAAGUAGCACUUAGAGAACUAUAUGUAAAUACCUUGAUAAUAAAAACAUAAAAUUUGUCACAAUCGUAGUAAA